AGCUUAAUUUUGCACUCAUCAGUCAACUUCUAGACCUGACAUUUUACCAGAAAUGAUUGUUAAUGCACAAAAAAAUAUAGUAUAUCGAAAAACAUCCGAUCGGAGGAUGAUGCUUUUAUUCUGACGAAAUCAGAGCGGAAGUGUAGUUGCCCAGAGGAAGUCUCGAACACGCGACUGCUGCAACUUCGAAAGAACUUCUGUUAAGACUCCAGAAUACAGACGAGAUGGAAAACGUUUCCAUAGAAAGUUUGAUCGUGAAGCUCCACGAUGUGAGCGGGGUGAAGUUCGGAGAGUACAAGCUGAAGAGCGGCAUGCUGACGCCCGUUUACAUCGACCUGAGGGUUCUCGUGUCCCACCCAGCGCUCAUGAACCAGGUGUCAAGUAUUCUCUACCAGCGAGUGCAAGACGAGGGACUACAAUUUGACACUCUGUGUGGGGUUCCAUACACAGCCCUGCCUUUGGCCACAAUCAUCUGUUCUACACACGAACUGCCCAUGCUCAUCAGACGAAAGGAGGCCAAGGACUAUGGAACCAAGCGUCUGGUGGAGGGCUCAUUUCGUGAGGGGGACAUAUGUCUGAUCAUUGAGGACACGGUGACCACCGGCAGCAGCAUCAUGGAGACUGCUGAAGUGCUCUACAAAGAGGGGCUGAAGGUGACCGAUGCCGUAGUACUAAUGGACAGAGAGCAAGGAGCUGUAGAGACGUUGGCGUCUCGGGGAAUCCGGCUCCAUUCCAUCAUCUCCAUGUUCAAGCUGCUCGAGGUGCUGCAGGAGGCCGAGCGUAUCGACGCCUCAACCGCCCAGAGAGUGAAAAAGUUCAUCCUGGACAAUAACACUUUCAGCCACAAGGGUGAUAACUGCAACGGGGUCCCUGCCACCAAGAAGGCGUGUGUGGAGAAGAACAUGGAGCUGAGCUACGCAGACAGAGCCAAACUACCAAACGUUCACCCUCUGGCGUCAAAGCUGCUGAAGAUCAUGGAGGAGAAGCAGUCGAACCUCUGCUUGUCCGCCGACGUGACGAGCAGCGAGGAGCUUCUUCGGCUGGCGGACUCUCUUGGUCCCACCGUCUGCAUGCUGAAGAUCCACGUAGACAUCCUUAAGGACUACACGGUGGCCUUUACCCAGAAACUGCAGGCUUUGGCCGAGACACACAACUUCCUCAUCUUUGAAGAUCGCAAGUUUGCUGACAUUGGAAACACAGUAAAGCAUCAGUAUGAAGGUGGUAUGUACCAGAUCUCAUCUUGGUCCCACAUAGUGAACGCCCAUGCGGUGCCGGGCCCCGGGGUUGUGAAGGGCCUGAGCGCUGUAGGAAAGCCUCUGGGCCGAGGCUGUUUGCUCAUAGCACAGAUGAGCUCCCAGGGGUCACUGGCUACUGGUGAAUACACACAGGCUGUGCUGGCGAUGGCAGAGGAGCAGUCAGACUUUGUGAUUGGGUUUAUCUGUGGCUCCAAGAUCACCAAGAAGCCAGAGUUCAUCCACAUGACCCCUGGGGUCCAGAUGCAGGCCGGAGGUGAUGGGUUGGGCCAGCAGUACACCACCCCGGAGGAAGUCCUCUACAACAAAGGCUCUGAUGUCAUCAUCGUCGGUCGGGGGAUCCUGGAGGCCCCUGAUAGGCUGAAAGCUGCUGAGUCGUACAGAAAGUCAGGCUGGGAGGCUUACACAAAGAGACUGGGCCAGAGUGGCCAAUAGGAGGUUAAAGAGUUGCAUCUGCAUCUAAUUUCAAAUUUUACCUGCAACUUUAGUAAUAACUUUUGUGGAGAACCUUUAAGUAUUUUCUCUUUUACUUUUUUAGUAGUGUGCGCAUAGUUGUAUACAUCGAUACGUGUGUAGACAUUUGCAGGAGGUACCUGGCAGGUGGAACCGGACACUUUACUGUGGAACAUAUGUAAAUGCGAACUUUUGAUUCUGUCGUAUUGAUGAGCUGCUUUAACUGUGUUCUUCCGAUUCCCUCCGAUCAAUAAACUGCACAAGUUGACCUCAAGUCCGUCUGCUACGAUACCUCUGAUCAGGUUAAUACAGAUUUGGGAAAAUGUAUCUGUGUUCUUUGAAGUUGGCUCAUUCUUCCUAUUGAGGUCAAACCAUGCAGAGAAAAGAUGUGGAUUACCUUGAAAAGCUAGUUGGUUUUUUUUUGAGUUUGUUGGUCAACUCCUAAACUCCCCCGAGGAUUUGUUUGUUAAAGCAAGAUUACGAGGUGUCGUUCCCUUGAGAAAGUCUACUGCUUCCAGUCAGGAUGAAGCUUGUUUUUCAUGUAAUUGUUGCAAUACUAGAUCACUAUUGUUGUACGAAUAAGAGGGGGGUACGGGUAAUACUUUUCAAUGGUUGCGUAAUAUUUAGGUUGCGAUUCGGGGAAUGUUCCGGUACGGUCUUGUCCAAUCUGGAUCUCAAGCAUCACUUUUCAUAUUGUAUCGGACAUACUUUUGGCUGCAAGACAUAACUCCAUACCCAAAUCUCUGCUAAUCAUUACGUCAUUAAUGAACUCCAGCUUCACAAAGUAGCAGUAAUAGGUUUAUUUUAGGCCUGAACGUACGGUUAGCUCAUUUCAUAGCAAAUGGAACAGCUUGGUUGGUCACAGUUCAGUAAUGGACAAUGGGUUUAAAAUUUUUGUUAUGAAUGUCAUAUUUCAACUACAAAAUGAUACCUGAUUUGCCUGAUUUGAUUGCAAUGCCCUAAACGUAACUUAAAAUAGCAAAUGCUGAGGUAAAGUAUCAUUUUCCCAAAUGGCUGUAGAUUCAGUCAUGAUGUGACUUGAUCAGGGAUCUCACUUGUUGUCCAUUGUCUCUAAGAAGAGGGAUACUUUUUUAAGACCAGAGAGUUUCCUUCAGUUUGUGAGGCCUCCCUUUAAAAGCAAACGGAUUCUUUCAUUAACGGUGUGUCCUGGAGCCAUGACAGUUGUGCUGUUACUAAUAGGCCUACAUGCAAUGAAAUCAGUUCAGAACAUUCUUGAUGGUUUCCUCACACUUGCUUUAAUGGAUCGAUGUUUAUCUGACAUACCUUGUUUGGCUUUUCCCCUCCGUGCAUUUCUAUUAGGACUGAAAGAAGAAAUGCAAUGUGUUUUUUUUGGAAAGUGAGAGUGAAUAGUUCAAUAAAGGUUAGGUUUAAAGAAAACAA